AAUUGCAAAGACAAAUAAAAGAGUCCCUCAAAAUUGUCCAAUUCUCCCAUCUCACCACCAUCAACGGAUCCCCCAUUCCCCCCACAUUCCUCCCACUCCAGGAGAGAGAAAACCCACAAAAGAAGAGAGAGAAUCUCCAUUUCUAUGUAAGAGAAACACAUUUUCAUACAAAAAUAUUUGAUCUUUGAUCGUUUUUUUCCUGGUUCAAUUGAUUUUUGUUGUGGGGAAUUUAAUUUGAUUAAAGAAAGGGGAGAAUUUGGGUGUUUUAGGGUAGGGAAUCGAAAUAAAUACAUAUGCCAGGCAGCCAAUCGCCGGUGUCGAGUGAUCAUGAAGAAGAAACGGGGGAAAGAGAAUUCCGUGCAAAUGGGAAUUCUAUGAAAACUGCUGAGCUUGAAGCUAAGCUUGAUGAGGGUAACAUUCAGGAAGCCGAAUCGUCGUUGCGGGAGGGCUUAUCUCUCAAUUUUGAAGAAGCCAGAGCUCUUUUGGGAAGGUUAGAGUACCAGAGAGGCAAUGUAGAGGGUGCGCUUCGUGUAUUUGAAGGUAUUGAUCUUCAAGCGGCAAUUCAGAGAUUCCAACCAUCAGUUGGUGAUAAGCCAUCAAAAAAGGGUCGCCCUCGGCCCGAGUCUGUAAAUAAUGUCCCACAGCAUGCUGCCGGUUUAGUUCUUGAAGCCAUUUAUCUGAAGGCCAAAUCCCUUCAGAAGCUUGGAAGAUUAACUGAGGCUGCUGGUGAAUGUAAGAGCGUUCUGGAUACGGUGGAAAAGAUAUUCCAACAUGGCAUACCUGAUUUGCAAGUGGAUGGACGAUUACAAGAGACAGUUAGUCAAGCUGUGGAGCUCCUUCCUGAGCUCUGGAAGCAAGCUGGAUCUCAUGAUGAAGCUAUUGCUGCAUAUAGGCGUGCUCUUCUCAGUCAAUGGAACCUUGAUAAUGAAUGCUGUGCAAGGAUUCAGAAAAAAUUUGCAGUAUUUCUUCUUUAUAGUGGUGUAGAGGCUGCAGCACCCAGUUUGUCUGUACAGAUUGAUGGAUCUUAUAUUCCUAGAAACAAUUUAGAGGAGGCGAUUCUACUGCUGAUGAUUCUGAUACGGAAAUGUGCCCUUGGAAAGACCAAAUGGGACCCAUCAGUUAUGGAGCACCUUACGUUUGCAUUAUCUCUAUGUAGUCAAACUUCUGUCUUGGCAAGGCAACUUGAAGAGGUCAUGCCCGGAACUUUGAACCGUAUUGACCGUUGGGUUGCCUUGGCUCUUUGUCACAGUGGAGCACGGGAAAACAAAGAAGCCUUGAAUUUGUUAAGGAAGUCUUUACAUGCUAAUGAGAGACCAGAUGAUCUUAUGGCUUUGUUAUUAGCAGCUAAGAUUUGUAGUGAGGAUCCAUUUCUGGCUGCUGAGGGUGUGGGAUAUGCACGGAGGGCUAUUACGUGUGCGUCAGAUGAUGAAGAACAUUUAAAAGGUGUAGCUUUACGUAUGUUAGGGCAUUGUUUGGGGAGGCAAACUAAAGUAUCCUCCUCUGACUAUGAAAGGUCUAGUUUGCAGGGUGAAGCACUGAAAUCAUUGGAAGAAGCCCUUAGUUUUGAGUCCAACAACCCAGAUCUUCUUUUAGAAUUGGCAAUUCAAUAUGCAGAGAAUCGCAAUGUAAAUGCUGCAUUGCGAUAUGCAAAGCAGUUUAUUGACGCAACCGGUGGAUCUGUCUUGAAAGGUUGGCGGUUGCUUGCUUUGAUUCUUUCUUCCCAGAAGAGAUAUCCAGAAGCACAAGUGGUCAUUGAUGCCGCUUUAGACGAGACUGCAAAAUGGGAGCAAGGACCACUUCUAAGAAUGAAAGCAAAGCUCAAGAUCUUUCAGUCAUUACCUAUGGAUGCAAUAGAAACUUACCGUUACCUACUGGCACUUGUUCAAGCUCAAAGAAAGUCUUUUGGUCCCGUAAAAGCCAGUCCUCAGGCCGAUGAUGAUAAAGUGAAUGAGUUUGAAGUAUGGCUUGGUCUAGCAAAUUUAUAUUCCAGUCUUUCUCACUGGAAGGAUGUCGAGGUCUGCUUGGAGAAAGCUCAGUCUCUGAGGCAAUUUUCUGCCGAAACAUUACACACCGAAGGAAUCAUGUAUGAAGGGCGUGGACUAGUUAAAGAAGCUUUAGCUUCUUAUACAAAUGCUGUUUUGUUAGACCCAAACUACGUGCCCUGCAAGGUACUGCUUGGUGCUUUGCUGUCAAAAAUGGGAUCACAAGCAUUGCCCGUGGCAAGAAACUUGUUAUCAGAUGCAUUGAGGCUUGAACCAACAAGCCGUAAUGCUUGGUAUUACCUUGGAAUGGUACACAGAGAUGAUGGACGGAAUUCUGAUGCAGCAGAGUGCUUCCAAGCCGCCUCAAUGCUCGAAGAAUCUGAUCCUAUCGAAAGCUUUACUUCUGUUCUUUAGCUCUGAACUGCACUCUGCAAUAUACAGUUUUUUUCCUCUGCAAAAGAAAAUAUAGGAGGUAUUAUUUUAACCUUUUCUUUUUUCUUUUUUACUGGUUUGAGGGGGUGAAAUUCUGACAAAUUACUGAUAUGAAAAAAAAGAGUUUGUAUGAUGUGAUAAUUUCAAUAUAGUUAUGUGAAAAGAAAAGCUUAGGAAUACUUUCUCUUAGCAACAAACACCGGCCUGGGUCGAAGCAGAUGAUGGUGAGGGAUUGUUGAAGAACCACACACAAGUUGUUAUGUUCUUCUUUGUAACGGAAAAUUAGAAAGUUCUUAUUUAUGUAUCUAACUGCUAAGAAAUGUGUCAUUGUGUAAAUAUUAUUAACUUCAUUCAAUUAUUCAAUUUAUAACUUCA